UUAGAGUCAAAAGUGAAACUUGCAGAGAGCGAGAAUAAGGAGAUAAACGGGUUGUAAUUUAUCCUCUAAAAUGGCAACUGUGGAGCUGUCUCUGGAAGAGGAACUCUUUUGUCCUGUGUGCUAUAACAUCUUCAAGGACCCUGUAGUCCUGAAAUGCAGCCACAGCUUCUGUAGAGUCUGUCUGCAGCAGUGCUGGAAAGAGAAGAGCUCUCGGGAGUGUCCAAUGUGUAAGAGAAAGUCUUCUGUGGGGGACCCUCCUGUAAACCUGGUUUUAAGGAAUGUUGUGGAGGCUUUUUUACAACAGCAGGCUGUGAUUGAAGUUGUAGAGAAGACUAAAUCUUCAGAGAAGAGUGAAGCUCGCUGCAGUCUUCAUGGAGAGAAACUUCUGCUCUUCUGUGAGGAGGACCAGGAAGCUGUGUGUGUCGUGUGUCAAACUUCAAAGAAACACAAAAACCACCAGCUCUGUCCAGUGGAAGAGGCUGCACUGGAUCUGAAGGAGAAACUCAAGACUGCACUGAAUCCUAUUAAAGAAAAGAUGGAGAGAUUCACUAAAGUUAAACAAGAGUGUGAGAAAACAGCAGAACACAUCAGGAGUCAGGCCCAACACACAGAGAGGCAGAUAAAGGCAGAGUUUAAGAAGCUCCACCAGUUCCUGCGAGAUGAAGAGGAGGCCAGACUAGCUGCACUGAGGGAGGAAGAUGAACUUAAGAGUCAGAUAGUGAAGGAGAAAAUACAGAACAUCACAAGACACAUCUCCACACUUUCUGACCAAAUCACAGCUAUAGAGAAGAGCAUGGACACUGAAGACAUCUCCUUCUUAAAGAACUACAAGGAUACUAACAGAAGAGCCCAGUGCACACUGCAGGAUCCACAGCUGCUUUCAGGGGCGCUGAUAGAUGUGGCCAAACACCUGGGCAAUCUGAAGUUCAGAGUCUGGGAGAAGAUGCUGGGGAUGGUGCAGUACACUGCUGUGACCCUGGACCCCAACACUGCAGCCUACACUCUCUCUGUGUCUGAUGAUCUGACCAGUGUGAGAUUUACUGGAGAGCAACAACUUCCCAACAAUCCAGAGAGGUUUAACUACUAUGCAAUGGCGUUGGGCUCUGAGGGGUUUACCUCAGGAAAACACACCUGGGAAGUGAAGGUGGGGAAUAAACCUGAGUGGAGUGUAGGAGUGGCCAAAGAGUCCAUCAAGAGGAAGGGAGAGACUGCAUGCAGCCCAGUGGGAGGAUUCUGGAUUGUAGCUCUGUGGAAUGGGAAUGUAUAUGAAGCCUAUACCUCACCUCCAACACGCCUGACACUGAGGAGGAAACCCCAGAGGAUCAGAGUGCAGCUGGACUAUGGCAGGGGGGAGGUGUCCUUCCAUGACCCCAGUGACAUGUCACACAUCUACACUUUUAAAGACACAUUUGCUGGGAAACUCUUCCCAUAUUUCAGUCCAGGUGUAAACAAUGAUGUCAACCCUGGAGCCCUGCAGAUCUGCCCGGUGAAGGUGUCUGUAACAGUGAUGUCAUCCCAGUGAUAGCAUCUGUAACAAUGAUGUCAUCAGCUAGACACAAGGAGAGGUUCCACUGAUUGUGUAUUCAUAGAUGAAAUCAUUUUAAUCAUUUUAAUGAUAUUAUUGUGUUAUUAAGUAUUAUUUUUGAUGAACAUAUCUUGGUAGUUAAUAAGUGGAUAGGAUUCGAAGCAUUUACUCAUAUUUUGUAAA